AUGUCUAUUAUCACUCCUACUGCUCCUAUCACCCCUCCAAUGGAGUCUACUGGUGAUCGUAUGAUUACCUUGGAAUUAAAGGAUGGAACUACUUUACAAGGUUACUCCUUUGGUGCCGAAACCACUGCAGCCGGUGAAUUGGUUUUCCAAACUGGUAUGGUCGGUUACCCAGAGUCCAUCACAGAUCCUUCUUAUGAGGGUCAGAUUUUAGUUAUCACUUUCCCAUUGGUUGGUAACUACGGUGUCCCUGACCGUAAAUUAAUGGAUGAAUACGUGGAAGGAUUACCACGUUAUUUUGAAUCCAACAGAAUUCAUGUUGCUGGUUUAGUCAUUGCUCAUUACACCGAAGAAUAUUCUCACUGGUUAGCUCAAUCUUCUUUAGGUACUUGGUUGAAAGAGAGCAACGUUCCAGCUGUCUACGGUAUUGAUAGCAGAAGCUUGACCAAACAUUUAAGAGAAGCUGGUUCCAUGUUGGGUAGAUUCGCUCUACAAAAGCCCGGGACCUCUUUCGAGGAUGCCAACUCUGCUGAAUGGAUGUCUUACUUCGAAACUCCAGAAUGGGUUGAUCCAAAUGUUGAUAAUUUAGUGGCAAAGGUUUCCCUAAAGGCUCCUAAGCUUUUCGUUCCAAACCACCCAGACAUCGAUCUUGUUCAAGGUCCUGACGGAAAAACUUUACGAAUUGUUGCCGUUGAUGUGGGUAUGAAGUACAACCAAAUCCGUUGUUUCGUCAAGCGUGGUGUUGAAUUGUUGGUUGUUCCAUGGGAUUACGACUUCACCACCGAAGAAUAUGACGGUUUGUUCAUCUCUAAUGGUCCUGGUAAUCCAGCCAUUCUGCAGGAAGUGUCCGAUAGAUUGACUAAAGUUUUAGAUGCGAAGAAGACCCCAGUCUUCGGUAUCUGUUUGGGUCAUCAAUUACUAGCUCGUGCUUCUGGUGCCUCAACUUUGAAGAUGAAGUUCGGUAACAGAGGUCACAAUAUUCCAUGUACUUCGACUGUCUCUGGUAGAUGUUAUAUCACUUCUCAAAACCAUGGUUUCGCUGUAGAUGAAACUAGUUUGACCAAUGGCUGGAAAUCAUUGUUCACCAACGCUAACGAUGGUUCCAAUGAAGGGAUUUAUCACUCAGAGUUGCCUUACUUCUCCGUUCAAUUCCAUCCUGAAUCUACUCCAGGUCCAAGAGACACUGAAUUCUUGUUCGAUGUCUUCAUUCAAUCUGUUCUAGAUUUCAAGCAAACUGGUGUAUUGAAGCAAGUUGAAUUCCCAGGCGGUAACAUUGAGGAGAACUUGGCUGCUCAUCCUAGAGAAGAUGUCAAGAAAGUUUUAGUCUUGGGUUCCGGUGGGUUAUCUAUUGGUCAAGCUGGUGAGUUUGAUUAUUCUGGUUCUCAAGCCAUCAAGGCUUUAAAAGAAGAAGGUAUCUACACGAUCUUAAUUAACCCUAAUAUCGCUACCAUUCAAACCUCUAAGGGUCUAGCUGAUAAAGUGUACUUCUUGCCUGUUACCGCUGAAUUCGUUAGGAAAGUAAUUUUACAUGAACGCCCAGAUGCCAUUUACGUGACAUUUGGUGGUCAAACUGCUUUGUCAGUCGGUAUUGAAAUGAAAGAUGAAUUCGAAACUUUGGGUGUCAAGGUCUUGGGUACUCCAAUCGAUACUGUCAUCACCACUGAGGAUCGUGAACUAUUUGCUAAUGCCAUGGACGAAAUUAAUGAGAAAUGUGCUAAGUCUGCUGCUGCUGCCACUGUUGCGGAAGCUCUAGAGGCUGUCAAGGAUAUCGGAUUCCCCGUCAUUGUUCGUGCAGCUUACGCUUUAGGUGGUCUAGGUUCCGGGUUUGCUUCGAAUGAAAAAGAAUUGGUCGACUUGUGUAACGUUGCCUUUGCUUCUUCCCCUCAAGUUUUGGUUGAAAGAUCCAUGAAAGGUUGGAAAGAAAUCGAGUACGAAGUUGUUCGUGAUGCUUUCGACAAUUGUAUCACUGUCUGUAAUAUGGAAAACUUUGAUCCUCUAGGUAUUCACACUGGUGAUUCCAUUGUCAUUGCGCCAUCCCAAACCCUAUCAGACGAGGAUUACAAUAUGUUAAGAACUACCGCAGUUAACGUCAUUAGACAUCUAGGUGUUGUUGGUGAAUGUAACAUCCAAUAUGCAUUAAAUCCAACUUCAAAAGAAUACUGUAUCAUUGAAGUCAAUGCUCGUCUAUCUCGUUCCUCUGCCCUAGCUUCAAAGGCCACUGGUUACCCAUUAGCUUAUACCGCAGCUAAGUUGGGUUUAAACAUUCCUUUAUACGAAGUCAAGAACUCGGUCACUCGUUCUACCUGUGCUUGUUUCGAACCCUCUUUAGAUUACUGUGUUGUUAAGAUGCCAAGAUGGGACUUGAAGAAGUUCACUCGUGUCUCAACUCUGCUUUCUUCCUCAAUGAAAUCUGUUGGUGAGGUCAUGAGCAUCGGUAGAACUUUCGAAGAGGCGAUUCAAAAAGCUAUCAGAUCUACUGAAUACUCUAAUAUUGGUUUCAGUGAAACUGAUGAUGAACUUGAUAUCGACUAUGAGUUAAGUAAUCCUUCUGAUAUGAGAAUUUUUGCCAUUGCUAAUGCAUUUGCUAAAUUUGGUUAUUCUAUCGAUCAAGUUUGGGAGAAAACCAAUAUUGAUAAAUGGUUCUUGAACAAACUAUAUAGCUUGAUCAAAUUUUCAGACAAGAUCAGUUCUUAUGGGUCCAAGGAGAACCUACCAGCGUUGGUUUUGAAGCAAGCCAAGCAAUUAGGUUUCGAAGACAGACAAAUUGCUAAAUUUUUGAAUUCGAAUGAAGUUGCUAUUCGUCGUCUAAGAAAAGAAUACGGCAUUAUUCCAUUUGUAAAGCAAAUUGAUACUGUUGCUGCGGAAUUCCCAGCACACACAAACUAUUUGUAUCUAACAUACAAUGCAGCUGCUCACGAUUUGGACUUCAAUGACCACGGUGUUAUGGUUUUGGGUUCGGGUGUUUACCGUAUUGGUUCUUCUGUUGAGUUCGAUUGGUGUGCUGUUACCGCUGUUAGAACUUUGCGUAAAAAUAACUUCAAAACAAUCAUGGUUAAUUACAACCCUGAAACAGUUUCUACCGAUUAUGAUGAGGCUGACAGACUUUACUUCGAAACUAUUAACUUAGAAAGAAUUAUGGAUAUUUACGAAUUGGAAAGCUCUGCUGGUGUUGUUGUUUCUAUGGGUGGUCAAACUUCCAACAAUAUUGCCAUGUCUUUACACCGUGAAAAUGUUAAGAUCCUAGGUACUUCUCCAGAGAUGAUCGAUUCUGCUGAAAACCGUUAUAAGUUCUCACGUAUGUUGGAUCAAAUCGAUGUUGACCAACCUGCUUGGAAAGAAUUGACUUCCAUGGAUGAGGCCGAGGAUUUUGCUGAAAAAGUAAGCUAUCCUGUUUUAGUCAGACCUUCCUACGUCUUAUCAGGUGCCGCAAUGAAUACAGUCUAUUCUAAGGAUGACUUGGAAUCUUAUUUGAACCAGGCCGUGGAAGUUUCUCGUGAAUAUCCAGUUGUUAUCACCAAAUAUAUUGAAAAUGCUAAGGAAAUCGAAAUGGACGCAGUUGCCUUAGACGGUGAAUUGAUUAUGCAUGUCGUUUCUGAGCAUGUUGAAAACGCAGGUGUUCACUCUGGUGACGCUACACUAAUUGUUCCUCCUCAAGAUUUAGACCCUGAAACAGUUCGUAGAAUCGUUGAAGCCACUGCCAAAAUCGGUAGAGCAUUGCAGAUUACUGGUCCAUAUAACAUUCAAUUUAUUGCUAAGAACAACGAAAUUAAGGUUAUUGAAUGUAACGUUAGAGCAUCUCGUUCGUUCCCAUUCAUCUCGAAAGUUGUUGGUGUUAACUUGAUUGAAAUGGCCACUAAGGCCAUUAUGGGCAUUCCUGUAACCCCUUACCCAGUGGAGAAACUUCCUGAUGACUACGUAGCAAUCAAAGUUCCUCAAUUCUCUUUCCCACGUUUGGCUGGUGCAGAUCCAGUUCUCGGAGUUGAAAUGGCCUCAACUGGUGAAGUUGCUGCUUUCGGCCAUUCUAAAUAUGAAGCUUACUUGAAGUCCUUGUUGGCAACUGGCUUCAAAUUACCAAAGAAAAACAUUCUAUUAUCCAUCGGUUCAUACAAGGAAAAACAAGAAUUGCUACCAGGAGUGAAGAAGUUAUACAAUAUGGGUUACAAGUUGUUUGCCACUGCCGGUACCGCAGAUUUCAUUUCUGAACAUGGAAUUCCAGUUCAAUACUUGGAAGUAUUGAACGAAGAAGACGAUGAAAAGUCCGAAUAUUCUUUGACACAACAUCUAGCCAACAACAAGAUUGAUUUGUAUAUCAACCUACCAUCUGCUAAUAGGUUCCGUCGUCCUGCAUCUUAUGUUUCGAAGGGUUAUAGAACUCGUCGUAUGGCUGUUGAUUUUUCUGUUCCAUUAGUAACAAACGUCAAAUGUGCCAAACUUUUGAUUGAAGCCCUAUCCAGAAAUAUGUCACUAGAUGUUUCCGAACGUGAUGCCCAAACUUCUCACAGAACUGUGACCAUCCCUGGUUUGAUAAACAUCUCUGCUUAUGUUCCAAAUAUCUCUAACGUUUUGUUAGGUCCAGCAGAGCUCAAGGAAGUAACCCGUCUUUCUGUUGAAUCUGGUUUCACUUACUCACAGAUUAUGCCAAAGUCUUCUAGUGGACCAGUUAUUACGGAUGCUGCUUCUUUGAAGGUUGCCAACUCAGUUGUUAAAGACUCUGCUUACACAAACUUUGGUUUCACUGUUGCGGCUACUCCAAACAAUAUUGACACCGUCUCCGCUGUUGCUAACGAGGCUACCUCUUUGUUCUUGCCAUAUCGCGAGCUUUCAAACAACGUUCCAGCCGUUUCUGAGCACCUAAAACAUUGGCCACUAGAUAAACCAGUGAUUGCUGAAGCCAAGACAUCUGACUUAGCUUCGGUGAUUUUGUUAGCCUCUUUGCAGAACAGAUCUAUUCAUAUUACUGCUGUUUCCAACAAAGAAGAUUUGUCCUUGGUUAUGGCUGUUAAGGAGAAACAAUCCAACGUUACCUGUGAUGUCAAUAUUCAUUCCUUGUUCGUUUCUCAGGAUGACUAUCCAGAAGCUAAAUUCCUCCCAACCAAAGAAGACCAAGAAUUCUUCUGGUCCAACUUGGAAUCAAUUGAUGCUUUCUCUAUCGGUUCAUUACCAACUGCUCUUGCUGCGGUUACUGGUAACGAAAUUGUUACUGGUCUCGGUAUUAAGGAAGCUCUACCAUUGUUAUUGUCUGCUGUUAAUGAUGGAAGGUUGACCAUUGAUGAUAUCGUUGAACGUUUGCAUAUCAAUCCAGCUAAGAUUUUCAGCAUUCCUGAGCAAAACUCCGCUGUUGAAGUUGAUUUGGACUUCACGUUCAGACAUACCAAAAGAUGGUCUCCUUAUCAAAAAGGGGGAUUGACUGGUGGUAUUCAACGUGUGUUGAUCAAUGAAGAGACAAUUGUUUUAUCUGGUGACUUAGUCGCUACUGAAGCCAAGGGCCAACCAAUCCUACCAUCCAAGUUUACUCCAACUACUCCGGCAGUAGCAAAGGAAACUCCACUGGCUGCAGUCGGAACUCCAAUUUUGGGGGCCAUCUCUACAUCAAGAAAGAGAUUCUCUUUCUCUAAUGAAAGAAGGCUAUCCAUCAAUUCUAUGGAUGGUGAUGAUGAAGAAGCCAUCUUGGAUCAACCAUUGGAACAAAGACUUAUGUCCUCCAGACCACCUAAAGAGCUCUCCGCUCCAAGUGUUUUGAUCAAUUUGAUCCGCACAAAGAAUCCAUUCUUGAGAAGAAACAUUCUAUCAGUUAACCAAUUCAAGCGUUCUGAUUUCCAUGCUCUCUUCGCAGUUGCUCAAGAGCUCAGAGCUGGUGUUGAAAGGGAAGGUGUUUUGGACGUCAUGAAGAGCCGUGUUUUGACUACAAUGUUCUACGAACCAUCAACCCGUACAUCAUCUUCAUUCAUUGCUGCUAUGGAACGUUUAGGUGGUAGAACUGUCAACAUUAACACUUCUGCAUCUUCUGUUAAGAAGGGUGAAACAUUGCAAGAUACCAUCAGAACAUUAGCCUGUUACUCUGAUGCAAUUGUCUUGAGACAUCCAGACGAAAUGUCUGCCCACAUUGCUGCCAAGUACUCACCUGUUCCUAUCAUCAACGGUGGUAACGGUUCUCGUGAACAUCCAACUCAAGCCUUCUUGGAUCUAUUCACUAUUCGUGAAGAAUUGGGUACUGUCAACGGUAUCACUGUUACCUUUAUGGGUGACUUGAAGUUCGGUAGACCAGUUCACUCCUUGUGUCGUUUGCUACAACAUUACCAAGUUAGAAUUAACUUGAUCGCUCCUAAGGAAUUGAGGUUGCCUAAUGCCUUGCGUAAAGAAUUGCAAGAUUCUGGCUUAUUAGGUAUUGAAAGUGAAACACUAACACCUGAAAUCAUUUCCAAAUCCGAUGUGUUGUACUGUACAAGAGUGCAACAAGAAAGGUUCGAAACCGAGGAAGAUUACUUGAAGCUCAAGGACACUUACAUUGUUGACAAUAAGAUCUUGUCUCAUGCUAAACAACAGAUGGUGGUCAUGCACCCACUACCUCGUGUUAAUGAGAUUCGUGAAGAGGUUGACUACGAUCAUCGUGCAGCUUACUUCAGACAAAUGAGAUAUGGUUUGUUUGUCAGAAUGGCAUUGUUAGCCAUGGUUAUGGGUGUUGAAUUAUAA